AUGGACAUUCUCAAAGUCCUUUCGCGGGGCACCAAGAAGUCCUCCAAGGGAAAGGGAGCCGGGCAUGGCAACAUUGCGUCGCUCAAGCUUCCUUCCGCAGGCACCAAGACGAACCCUCAGCUUUUCCACGACCAUGUGCGGGGCCACAAGAGGAAGCGAGACGGCGACGAGCCGCAGGCCAACGCUCCCGCCGAACUCCCCGCUGUAGACUUCUUUGCGCCCAAGAACGAGGUCGCAGCACCCAGAGAGGAGUCGUCGACGAUGCCACGAGCGCCGAGUCCCGUCGCGCGGCCGGCCACCAAGUUGAGCGAGGACGAGUGUCGCCAGCUUCUGCGGUCGCACCGUCUCAAGCUCACCCUCAUGUCCAAGCCGGAGGACCCGAACAAGGUGUCGAAAUCUAAGAAGAAGAAGAAGAAGCACGCCGAAAUUCAAGAGACCAACAAGGCCGACAAGAAGCAGCUGUUUCCCCAGCCGCUCGACUCGUUUGGCCAGCUUCGCAGCACCUACGGCAUCUCCCGUCGAGUUUCUGAAAACGUCGUCGCGCAAGGGUUCCGAGUGCCUACCGAAGUUCAACUGGGUAGCCUGCCGUUGCUGCUCCGCCCCGAAGUUGCGCUGGCUGGCGAGAGCGGUCUGGAAGACGGCGUCGACUUCCUGGCUGUCGCCCCGACCGGCAGUGGCAAGACUAUCAGCUUCCUGAUCCCAGCAAUCAACAGCAUCAUGCGGAGGAGAGCGCGAGAGAAGCUGCAGGGAGCCCACGAGCUCGAGGCCGUGGUUGUCGCGCCGACCAGGGAGCUUGCACACCAGAUCGUCAAUGAGGCUCGUAAGCUGAGCCAGGGCACCGGGCUCAAGGUCGUUGCCAUGAGGAAGGGCAUGACGGUGGUUGCUGCCGGGCAGCAGGGUCCUGCGGAUGACGGUUCUGAGGAUGAGGUGGACGAGAAUGCUGAAGGGUCGCAAUCGGAGAAUGAAAAGGAGGCCAAAGGGGAGGCGAGAGCGGUGACCAAGGCGGACAUAUUGGUCACCACGCCUCUCCUGCUGCUCAGGUCGCUCACUACUGGGCCAAGUGGCACGCACAAGGCCCUCGCGAGUGUCCGUGAGCUGGUGCUCGACGAGGCCGAUGUCCUUCUCGAUCCGCUCUUUCGCGAGCAGACUGUGGGCAUCUGGACGGCUUGCAACAACCCCGAUCUCCGGGUUUCCUGUUGGUCCGCCACCAUGGGGUCAAACAUCGAGUCCCUCGUCGUCGAGCAAUUGAAAUGUCGAGCAGAAGCACUAGACAUGGCACCCAAGCCGCUGAUCCGACUAGUCGUCGGCCUCAAAGAUACGGCGGUGCCAAACAUUGUGCACAAGCUGACGUACACGGCGUCGGAGCAGGGCAAGUUGUUGGCGUUACGGCAGCUUCUUCACCCCACAUCGAACGAUGACUCGGGGCCGCCUCUGCGGCCCCCGUUCUUGGUGUUUACUCAAACAAUCGACCGGGCUACUGCGCUGCAUGAGGAGCUCAAGUACGAUAUUCCCUUGGAAGCCGGGGGCGCGUCGAGGGUGGCCGCGCUGCACAGUGGCCUGCCCGACUCGGCGCGUGCGGCCAUUAUGCACAAGUUCCGCGCCGGUGAGAUUUGGGUGCUCAUCACGACGGACGUCCUGGCCCGCGGCGUCGACUUUGCCGGUGUCAACGGAGUCGUCAACUACGACGUGCCCGGCUCCAGCGCGGGCUACGUCCACCGAGCGGGCCGGACGGGCCGGGCCGGCCGGGAGGGAGGCGUGGCCGUGACAUUCUACACCAAGGAGGACAUUCCGUUUGUUAAGACGGUGGCCAACGUCAUUGCCGCCAGCGAGAGGCAGGCGGGCAAGGCGGCGGGGGGCGAGACGGGGGUGCAGAAAUGGCUGCUGGACGCGCUGCCCAAGGUGGCAAAGGCAGACCGGAAGAAGCUCAAGGAGAGGGGUGUCGAGUCGCGGAGGAGCGGGAGCAAGGCCAAGAUUACGUCCAAGAGUGGGUUCGAGAGGCAGAGGGAGAAUAACCGGCGAGGGGCGAUCGAGGGGAGCAAGAGGCGGAAGGCGGAGGGGGGUGGUGAGUGCAAGGGCGAGGGCGACGAGGAGGAGUGGGCGGGGCUUGGGGAUUAG